CCCUGCUACACCAGCGUGCUCACACUCACAAUCAGACACACCCCUACUCACAAACCACAGUGUCUGCGUUCGGCUCUCCCGUCCCACUCUGCCUCUGUCUCCCUUCCAGUAUGCACAGGCGACUGCUCUCUCUCUGGGUGACCGGGGCGCUGCUGCUACCCUUGUGCUGGGGUGAGUAUUCACUGACCUUUGAACUGGCUAGAGCACUGGUGGACCUCGGGGUAAUUUAUCAACAGUGGAUCAAAGAGGGCACCACUUACCCCAUGCAGGGGUGUUUAAACAGGACACCAAGAGGGAAUGUUUGCUAUCAUCUGAAGCCGGUGCCCAAAGUGAGGAUGGCUGAACUGUUAGACAGGGUCAGGAUGAGGGUUAGGGUAUGGUUUGGAGGAGGCAUUAUGCCCUGGGCAUUCCUAGAAACAAUAUCUAGUGCACUGUGGAGCAGUUUUAAAUAGCCACGUACAGUGUUGUUGUAACCCUACUGCGGGCAGUGAUGACUUUUCUCAGGCACCAGCUGAUACGUUUUUCUAGAGAGAAAAUAAUCAAGGAGCUCUGUGGAUCCCCUGUGGACUCCACCCGGCUGCUUUUUCUGUGGAUGUACUUUUUUUCCCCCAUCCAGCCAAAGUAUACACUUACAAUGCUGGGGAAGGCCUGGGGAAGGCCUCCAACAAACCACCUUGUCUUUGUUUAGUCUUACUCUUUCUUGUUGUUGGUCGUGUUUUGGCUGCUGUCUCUGGGAGUCUGUCAGAUGCAGACGUUUGUCUUUAUUGGUAUGUGGAGUUUGCGAGAAGCACGCUUCUAGCGCUGUGAGAGUUUCGUUCCAUGCUGGUCGUUAACUGUUCUGUUGGGUGAUUCAUACUGCUGUAAGAAACAGACCAGACGACAGACCAGAGGAAUUAUUCAAUUUGCUAGCUAUAACUUACCAUAGCUUUUAGCAGUGAUGCAUGUUUUAUAGUCUGUCAAGGUCUUACAAAUUCUAUCGCUUGAUAUUAAAAAGCAUUGUAGACAAGCCACUUUAUUUAAGUAAAUGAAAACAUCUCUACUGCGAUAUGAUUUAUCAAGAGGAAGUCCACCUGUUGUCUUGCCAUUCUGUAUCAUAUCUAAGACACCGGCUCAUGGAGCAUGAAAGGAAAAUAAACAAAGUGAACCUGCAGGAGUGCAGGAGAUGCAAGUCCUGAGAGAGAGAUACUGUACAUGGACAGGGGUCAUUCAAAGGUCCACCGCACUCAGAAUAGAGCCAUAAGAUGUUUUCUGGGAGUAUAUAAGUUUGCCGCCCCAAGCCUUGCUAUUCAAGGAGACAUGGGAUAGGAGCCCUGUGAAAUAAGACUGAGGGGUGAAAUGAUUAGGUUAUGGAACCACCUUAUCAAUAUGCCAGAAGACUGAAUAACAAAAAAGGUUUUCAAUUGGGAUAAAACACACAAAUUACCCUUGGACAAAGGAUCUCAAUGCCAUAUUUAUGGAAGCUGAUGUACAACACAUAUUUAUAAAUAAGUAAUGAUGCAAUGUCAACAUGAUCAAAUACAAGUUAACCCUUAGUUACAAAGAAAAAUGGUCGACUCAGACAUGGCUAAAACCCAAACUCUAAUAAAUAAAUAAAUAAAUAAAUAGUGAACGGAUCAGCUUGUCCGAAGCACCCGAACACCAGCCGGAGGCAUGAUAUUAACAGACCAGAGGCAGUUCAGGUUCUGGUUCCUUUUCUUUUGUAUUGUUACUGAACAGGAUUUCUUUCGCCCGACAAAAUAAUUCCAAUACAGGGUAACGUCCAACGCUCAAACAACAGCGUAACAAAAAAAUAAACAAACUAAGCCGUUGACCAAAAGGCCGUGGCCCAAAACGAGAAAGCAAAACAACAAACGGCUACUCCUGUCUUUAGACUAUCUAUCGUCUACACAUACAGUUACAGGAGGAACGCUUUGCUCUUUCUAUAGUCUGCCUUGGUUAACAGAGAGGAAAGGUGCCCCAGGCGAAGAAGCUUUCUCUGAGGUAGGCCAAUACGACGUCCUCACAGGUCCCCGUCUCUACUCCCAAUCCUUCCUCAGCUCCUCUCCUGGCACACCUAUAUAGAGGAAGACACCAAGCAAUUAGUGAGCCCAGCUGUGUGUUAAGUGGCUUUACACUGAGUACCUAUCCCCUGGGGAGGGUGCUGUUGUGUCGUCUUCCUCUGGCUGGUCACUGAACUCUCACUAUAUAUAUAUAUAUAUAUAUAUAUAUAUAUAUAUAUAUAUAUGAGUGUACAAAACAUUAGGAACACCUUUCUAAUAUUGAGUUGCAACCCCUUUUGCCCUCAGAACAGCCUCAAUUCGUCGAGGCAUGGACUCUACAAGGUGUCCAAAGUGUUCCACAGGGAUGCUGGCCCAUGUUGACUCCAAUGCUUCCCACAGUUGUGUCAAGUUGGCUGGAUGUCUUUUGGGUGGUGUACCAUUCUUGAUAUGCACGGGAAACUGUUGAGCGUGGAAAACCCAGCAGAGUUGCAGUUCUUUACACACUCAAACCGGUGUGCCUGGGACAUACUACCAUACCCCAUUUGUCUUUCCCAUUCACCCUCUGAAUAGCAGACAUACACAAUGCAUCUCAAUUGUCUCAAGGCUAAAAAAUCCUUCUUUAACCUGUCUCCUCCCCUUCAUCUACACUGAUUGAAGUGGAUUUAACAAGUGACAUCAAUAAGGGAUCAUAGCUUUCACCCUGAUUCACCUGGUCAGUCUACGUCAUGGAAAGAGCAGGUGUUCUUGAUGUUUUGUAUACUCAUUAUAUAUACAUUUGAUAUAUAUAUAUAUGAUUAUUUGGUUUGGCUACAGAAAAUACAUGUGGGCUGGGCAAUCUUGAAGAUGCAUGACACUAUAAUAAUAAAAUGAAUCAAAUCAUCCACAGAUACCCUUGAUACUGUCAUUCAUUGCUUGUACACAAGUCAUGUACAGGCUGUGCCUUUGUUACGCUCGUUGUGUUACUUUGUUUGAGUUUUGCUUUACAGUUACAGUUGACUGGACUAUGUUCCAGCACACAGAGGAGAUUGAGAGAAAGGGUGAUAUCUAUAAACCUCAGUUACUAUCUGACAGUAUUGGAGUGAGUGAAUGCAUGGCACAGGGCUUCAACAGACCCUAUCUGAUUUGGUUGUAGUGCAGAGAGAGUCAAACAGUGCCUAUGCUCAUCAGGGACUGGCCUCCUGUAUCUGGCAUCGAUCAUACAGUUAAGGGAAAAUCACCUUUCAAUGUACUCAACACAGAAAUAUAAUGAACAGAAUCUAACAAUGUGGGGCAUUGAAAUUGUUUAUUUUUCUGUUUUUCAUUUAGAUUAGAAAAAAUGUAGGUGCUUGAUUAUUAUCUAUCAGUGAACAUGUUUACAAAUUAAGUAUUGCAUCAAAUUUGAUCAAUUUAUUGCAGACUACUCCCUGAUACAUAAAUACUGUAAUGCUGUGGUAUAGAAUAAAAUCCUGAGGGAUUCAAGCCAGUGAGUGUCAGCCUCUCUGUACACCAAUUCAAGAUGUAGCAUGCCUAGAAGAUGACCUUUCUAAGUUGUCAUGCUGAGUUGGCCAGUGAACAUCUGUCAUUCUCCCUCCAAGUGCCUCUCUGCAUGUCCUUUGGUUGGCCAUCACUCUGGGAGAUCUUAUCAAAGCAGCCCAGAUAAUUUAUUGGGGUAGGAGCUUGGGAAGGAAACUGAGGAUUGGGGUAGCAGAGCAGGGCUAAUGUUUUCUCCAUGUGUUGGAGCAGGUUCUCGGAAGGACAGAAACUGAAGCCUUGUGGGGUGUUACACUGAUGAUGGGCCAGUGGUGGAUUACAACUGAGCUCUGAUGGUGGUGAGAACUCAAGACACCACAGACUUUACCUAUGGGAGUGGUGAAUAAAGCUCUUGAAGGCCGUCCUCAUAUAGCCAAAUAAGACAAUACAAAGGUUAUUGAUUACAGUGAUAGUAGUGAUGAUGAAGACCUUUAGGGGAUUCUGGAGAACAUGGGGUUUUAGCAGCCCAUUUGACCAGAAGCAAAACCCACUUCUCCUUAUCAUGUCAGCGGAUUAGGAGAAGUCACCUGAUUUACAGUUGGAGAGUAGUAGCGUUUCCCUAAAUCAUCCUUCCAAUGGUCUGAGUGCAGAAACCGAUGCAAGACGUGACAUGUUGCAGUCUGUGGUUCUGGGAAGUUGUUGAAGAACCUGUGGUUGACUCUCAUCAUAGAGAGUGUAAUUGUAAACACUCUCCAGUGCCAGUAGGGUACGGCUGCCAAAGUGUUAGCAGACUUUCAAUGUGAGCUGUUUCAGCUUGUUGUCGAGACAAGAGUAUACAGGCUCCUCCUAUCAAAUCAAAACUGAUCAUCAGGUUACCGGGAUGAGUGAAAACCAACAAGACCAACUUACCCACAGCGACAAAGCAUUGAGUUAUUUUUUUCAUAUUGCAAAAACUGUUUAAUAGUACAUGGAUCAAAGGAGGUUGGUGGCACCUUAAUUGGGGAGGACUGGAGCGGAAUCUCCCGAGUGGCGCAGUGGUCUAAGGCACUGCAUCGCAGUGCUAGCUGUGCCACUAGAGAUCCUGGUUCGAAUCCAGGCUCUGCUGUAGCCGGCCGCAACCGGGAGACCAAUGGGGCGGCGCACAAUUGGUCCAGGGUAGGGGAGGGAAUGGCAGGCAGGGAGGUAGCUCAGUUGAUAGAGCAUGGUGUUUGCAACGCCAGGGUUGUGGGUUCAUUUCCCACGGGGGGCCAGUAUGAAAAUAAUAAUGUAAGUCGCUCUGGAUAAGAGCGUCAGCUAAAUGACGUAAAUGUAAAUGUAAAAUGAAUAGGUGGAAUGGUAUCAAACACAUGGUUUCCAUGGUUUCCAUGUGUUUGAUGCCAUUCCAUUUGCUCCUUUCCAGACAUUAUUAUGAGCCGUCCUCCCCUCAGCAGCCUCCACGGACAUGGAUCCAUACUUGCAUUCUUGCAGCACACUGGAGGAAUGUUUGGGACUUUUCCCAGAAACCUGGUGACUGGAUUAGAAACUCUCAUCAAUAGCAUUGCAAGGUGUUAUUUAUUUGAUCAUUAUUACUAUUAGAGUGCUGGAACUUCCCUUUUGUAUUUGUGUAGGGACUUCCAGAUUUCUGGAAAGAGCUGGUUGCCUUUAUGUUACUCACUUGGAAAGUCUAAUCAUUGUAAGAUGAUUAUUUUGUCCCACUAAGGUUCCUUCCUGCCAUUGUGUUUGAGACCUGUGACCAAGAGAGAGAGAGAGGUCAGGAAUAUCCCCCCUCACACACCUCAAAUAUGAUUUUGUGAGAGUUCCCAUCCCUAACUUUCAGCCAAACCCCUCUCUUUGCUAUGUCCAUGUUGUGUGUGUCUGGCAUUGGUACAGUAGCAGCAGCCAGAUCCCCCUUUCUGCCCUUCAAUUCCCCAUCAGGACUGUCCCCACAUGACCCACCAUUAGAUCUUUAGGUCUGAAGGGCAGACAUUUCCUCUUACGUUCAUUUAAGCUUUUUUCAUGAAGUUUAGUCUAUCAUGCAGGCCAUGUGGUUGAAUAAGAUGGUGGUAAAGCCAUACUGUGCGGUCGACCUCUCAUUUCUUGAGCAUGUUUGUCAACCAACUCUCCAAGAGCAUUUUAUUACCUCUGCAAUUAUUGAGAAAUUGUUUGAUAUAUCUCAAGCUCAAUAUGUGGCCCUAAAUCAUAGGACAGGAAAUCGCUGUCUCUAAAACAUAUCCAAACGUUCAUACGGCCAUUCACAUGUGGCCUUGCUCAACCAAGGAUUUCACAAGACAUGUGACAUCUCGUUUCACCAGCCGAGGAGAUUCCACCAGGGAAACCUGAUGCUUAUUGUUUCACACCAGUCUGCUCUGCAUGGUGUCACAGUGUAGUUCACUGUUCUGCAGUUUACCCUUGGCUGUCAUCUACUGGUAUAGACUCUGAUGUUCCAGAUCCUCUGUGUAUUGUCCUGCUGCCAGCUCCAGGAUGUAUCCCCCUGGGGGCCAGACCUCCCUCCUGCCUCCAUACGGUUUCAUUGUUCUCCUCUGCUGUGUCUCUGCUCCAUAACUCACAGGAGAUGUCUCUGUUUGUCCUGGGCAGGGAAGAUGAGGUGUAACUCCUGAGAGUUUAUUUCUCCCCUGAGGCACACCAAACAAAUGAGGUGGGGCUCUCCAAACUCAGAAUCCACCUUUAACGGAACAAGGGCUUUUGUUUGCGUGCAAAUAACACACCACGUAAUUCACAUGUUGGGUGUAUCUGAUAUGUUUGUAAUAGGAGAUGUUGAGGAGAUCAAUGACAUGGAAUGUAGUUCAGUGAAAGACAUGAUGGGAUAUGAGGUGUGAUAUAGAUGGCUUUUAGUUUCAGGGCUGACCAGGUGUUUGGUAAUAGCAUUUCACUCUCUUCCCUUCUUCCACAGCAAACCAAGAGGACUUUGAGGAGGAAAUUGACGACUAUUCUACCCAAACGCCAGACUACGACUACAACGCCACCUUUGAUUACGAAAUGUUCAGUAAGCCAGUUAACCAGAUAUGCUAGUUCAAAUGAUACGUUGAAUGCACCAAUUUGUAAGUCGCUCUGGAUAAGAGCGUCUGCUAAAUGAUGUAAAUGUAAAUGUGUUAAUGUGGCCUCACUUUGUGAUUUUCCUCACCAACAUCGUUGAUGUCUGUCUUCUUUGAAGGUAAUACCACCGGCCAUGAGGAGGACUAUAGUUCGUAUGUAAUUCUAGGAGGAAAGAAGAAUGUGGAGGAGAAAGAUCUUGAGAAUAAGGUACAGUAUGUUUGGCAUUAUGGAUGCUUCCUAUCUCAGCACACACAACUAAUUGACAUCCCCAUCAAUGUAUAAAAUGAAGGAAAACCCAUUGUUUUGGAUAAGGUCUGCAGACUGAAAGCAAAUCUAUUUUGUUUCCAUUUGUCAGUAUGUCUGAUUCUGUCUAAUGUCCCUAAUGCUUCUCAUCUAAUAUGGCAGCUUCUCCAUGUCAUACAGUGGUGUGUUACUGUAUUGUAAACGUGAUGAUGUAUAACCAAAUGUAAACGUUAAUGUCCAUGGACUCCCUCGUCCUGUCAUGCCUCCAUGAUAUGACCACAAAGCAAACUGUUGGAAAAAAAUAUUUUUGACCAAAUACAAUGCUAUUUCUCUGUAAACAAAUUGACAACAGACUUUUAGCAUGCUUAUAGAGAAGGGCACUCAACAUGUACUACAAUGACACAAAUUACUGAUGAUUGGUUGAAAUAAAUUGAUAAUUAGAAGAUUGUGGGAGCUGUACCGUUAGAUUUCAGUGCAGCCUUUGAUAUUAUUGAACUUUUUUUAAUGGCUUUUCAACCUCUGCCAUAUCGUGGAUUCAGAGCUAUCUAUCUAAUAGAACUCAGAGGGUUUUCUUUAACGGAAGCUUCUCUAAUGGUGUGGUGUACCACAGGGAAGUUCUCUAGGCCCUCUACUUUUUUCUAUUUUUACCAAUGACAUGCCACUGGCAUUAAACAAAGUCAACUUUCAACCAUAUACGUGUCAGCAACCACAACUAAUGAAGUCAGUGAAACAAAGAGUUGCAGUCAGUUUUGGAAUUGGUGGCCAGUAAUAAACUGGUCCUGAACAUCUCUACAAAUCAUUCCCUAAGCUCUAGACGUCAUCUGAAUCUGUUAAUGAAUGGUGUUGGCUGUUGAACAAGUUGAGGAGACUAAAUGACUUGGUGUUACUUUAGAUUGUAAACUGUCAUGGUCAAAACAAUGAUUGUAAAGAUGGGGAGAGGUCUGUCCGUAAUAAAGAGCUGUUCUGCUUUUUUGACACCACACUCCACAAAGCAAGUCAUGCAGACUCUAGUUUGAUCUUAUCUUGAUUAUUGUCCAGUCAUAUGGUCAAGCGCUGCAAAUAAAGACCUAGUUAAGCUGCAGCUGGCCCAGAACAGAGCGGCACGUCUUGCUCUUCAUUGUAAUCAGAGGGCUAAUAUUAAUACUAUGCAUGCCUGUCUCUCCUGGCUAAGAGUUGAGGAGAGACUGACUGCGUCACUACUUGUUUUUAUAAGAAACAUGAAUGUGCUGAAAAUUCCAAAUUGCUUGCAUAGUCAACUUAUGCACAGCGCUGACACACACACAUAUCCCACCAGUCAUGCCACCAGGGGUCUUUUCAUAGUCCCCAAAUCCAGAACAAAUUCAAGAAAGUGUACAGUAUUAUAUAGAGCCAUUAUUGCAUGGAACUCCCUUCCAUCUCAUAUUGCUCAAAUGAACAGCAAAUCUCUUUUCAAAAAACAGAUAAAGCAACUCCUCACGGCACAACUGUCACGGAUUCAGCCGAGGCUGCCCCUCCUCCUUGCUCGGGCAGGCUUCGGCGUUUUUCAUCCCCGGAGUACUAGCUGCUACCGAUCUAUGUUUCUGUGUUUGACUUGUUUGGUCUUUAUUGUGUACACCUGUUUCCCAUUAUGUUGUAUUGUCUUCCCUAUAAUACCCUCUGUCUUUCAUUGUGUGUUGUGUGUGAUUGUAUUCGUCAUCGGCAGUAGUUCGUGUGCGGGUUGUUUUCCUCCCUGUGUGGAGGUUGUUUAUACUCUGGUUACUUUCGAGUAAAGUACGUUUCCAGUAAGCUCUGUGACCUGAGUUUGACUUCGCCUACCGCAUUCACUGACGCUCUGACAACAACGCCUCUCCCCUAUUUGACCUAGAUAUUUUGUGUGUAUGUAUUGAUAUGUAGACUUGGUGUGCUGUUUUUAAAUGUGUGUAGUUCUGUCCUUGAGCUGUUCUUGUCUAUUAAUGUUCAGUAUUAUGUCAUGUUUCAUGUUCUGUGUGGACCACAGGAAGAGUAGCUGCGGCUACUGGGGAUCCUAAUAAAAUACCAAAAAUACCAUAAUCAUUGUAAUCCCUCACCGAACACUGCUUUUUUACCGUUCCAAACGUCUCUAUCUGGGCCUCCAUAUAUAGAUUUGUCACGUUUGAGCAGGAAAAAUGUAUUUCAGUAAACACAAGGGGUAAAUAAUGCUGAACUGUCACAUAGUUCCAGCAUUCACAGAGACAGGAGGUCUCUGCAUGAGGAGCAAACCUGCCAAGACAGCGAUGAAACAUGCAAACACUAAACCCAGUGAAGAAUGUUCUUAUAACACUUGGUUUCCAUUCUGCAGCUUAUCAUGUUCUAAUGACCUUUUACUGACCCCUAUCAGGCUUUAGCGAUUGGCUCCCCAUGCCCAGCGCUCCUCCUCGGAUUGGCUGCUCACCAACUCCAUCGAUUACUGUGAAUGAGAACGAGCACUGCAGAACAUACACAGGUACACAACUUUCUUUAAAUUUAUUUGUCUUUCUCUGUAGCUCAAUUGGUAGAGCAUGGCGCUUGUAACGCCAGGGUAGUGGGUUUGAUCCCCGGGACCACCCAUACGUAAAAAUGUAUGCGCACAUGACUGUAAGUCGCUUUGGAUAAAAGCGUCUGCUAAAUGGCAUAUUAUUAUUAUUAUUAUUUAUUUCUCCCUUCUCCUCAAUACUAUGCAGGUUGCAGGACAUAAUGAACGUGGAAAAGUGCCGUGCAUUGAUAGUACACAGGGCACAAUUGGCCCAGCGUCGUCCAGGGUAGGGGAGGGAAUGGCCGGCAGGGAUGUAGCUCAGUUGGUAGAGCUUGGUGUUUGCAACGCCAGGGUUGUGGGUUCAAUUCCCACGGGGGGCCAGUAUAAAAAAAUAUUUACAAAAAAAAUAAAAAAUUAUGCACUCACUAACUGUAAGUCGCUCUGGAUAAGAGCGUCUGCUAAAUGACUAAAAUGUAAAUGUAAUUGGUACACAAGUACACACUAGGAAGUUAACCCAGGACCUUCAGGUCAAAGGUCAAAUACCCUGACCACUUUAUUGGCGACUCCCAUCAUUCAUAGGCUCAUAGCCAUAAAGAUAUCUCUCUCAAGACAUUCAUGUGAAGGCCCCAAAUUGGACGAAUGCCGAAGGGCACCUAUGUAACCAUAAGUUUUCACCCCGUCUAGAAUUGAAGGGUCUUGAAAAUAAACAAAGUUAAUUGCUGACAAUUUCCUUUGAAAAAGCUUUUUUUAAUGAUUUGGAGACAGGGUCAUAAACCUCUUGUUUAUUUUCUCCACUAAUAUGUGUUUCUCAAUUCUCACAGAUACUCAGGACCCUGAACUGAGCAGAGUUACCCAAUAUUCUGGAACUGGACUGAGCAGAAAACUGACCCAAUAUUCUGGAAUUUUACAUUUCUAUGGAUCAAAUGGACACAGCAUGAGAUACUCCACCACUGACUUUCUAUGCUAUAGUUGGAAAAACACAUAGUAUAUCCUUAAUCCUAACUUGUGAAAUAAGCCCAUAACUUGAAUUUAAAAAAAUCUCCCACAAGAAUAUUUGAGUUGUAUGCACGUCUCAAGUUGUAAGAUGUGUCCCUUAGAGUAAUAAUAGCACAAAGCCAGUAUACACCACAUAUUCCAUCUUGUUUUGACUUUAUACAAACUAAAUAUGUAUAUUAUACAUGCUGUUUGUAUCUUUUAAUACAUAUUUUCCAAGCAUUUGUUGUUUCUGUUCAAUAUUCUGUUAUGAAAAUAUAAUGCUUUCCACAACCAUGGUAGCUUUUUCUAUUCUCUAUGGUCAAUGGUUUAUGGACUAUGGUUUAAAGAUCUGCAGAUGUGAAAUACGACAACCCAUGUAUUAGUAAUAGGGUUCUAAUUAUCUUCCCUGCCCUAGAAAAGCAUUUGAGAGAAUAAUAUGUUAACAAUAAAACAGAGAAAUCCCCAAUGAGGUGUAAGGAG